UGAAUGCAAUUGCUAUACAUUUUUCACAAAUCACUACUUCCAAUUUUUUGCACGGUGGAAAUUCAAAUAUGAUUAACAUCUAGUUCACAUUAGACUCUGGGAAAUUGUAUGUUUUGAUUUAAUUUGGAAUUUGUCAAUUGCAAAUUUGCACGUGGACACCAAAAGCCUGAGGACAUUAGUAACCUUCACUGGACUUUGGCUGGAAAAUGUAGACAACACCUAAAAACCCUUUGCCUUAUUCUUUACGGUCGUCGGAGAAAGGUGUGUCAAAGUAAUGACUUUUCCAAAAAUGUCAACGAUCACCGCGGAGAUCGAAAACUUGGCUAGAAGUUUAGUAACCGCGGCCUUUCCCAAUCGUAUCAACUGCCCAAUCGAACUAUCAGGAAGCAUUUUGGAAAAUGGCGAAAAUUUUCAAGGGAUAAUCUACCCGUAGACUAUCCCCACGCUUCGCUUGUUAUGAGGGAAAUGGUAAUUUUCAGGGGCCCUUACUAAAGGGCAUGACUAGAUUGAUCAGUGACGUGCUGAACUCGUAUUCUCCGCACCAAAAUGAAAAGGAGCAGAGGGCUUUAGAGGAAUUCGCAAGAGAUUCAUCAAUCAUUUACAAGAGCGGCCUUGUUAUUAGCAGCGAUGAUAAAAAAUAUGCCGUUGAGGCACACGGUGAUAUGGAAUUACGGAACCUUCUCUUAAAGUACGGGCGUUCUGAUGACCCCGAACACCCCACCGAACUGUGCAUAUUGGAUUGGCAAUUGAUGCGUGUCGCUUCGCCGGCUUUAGAUGUACUGUUUUUUCUUUUCCUAAGCAGUGACGGGGAGUUGAGAAAACAGUAUUACACAAAACUAAUAGACGAAUACUAUGAUAGCCUCUCAUCGUUCUUACGAGAACUCGGAAGCGAUCCUGAGGUUCUCCUUCCGUUUCCAAUCUUAUUAGAGCAUCUACGGAAGCUUUCGGGGUUUGUGUUGCUCAUUGCGAUUUGGCUACUAGCGACAAAUAUGAAAGAGAGCGAUGACGUUCCGGAUUUUUUGAAUAUUGACAGUGAAGACGCCCUUGUCACAAUGAUUUCUGUUGUACCUAAGCGUGGGUAUCUCCAGAGGAUUCGAGAGCUGGUCUCUGACAUGAUUGAGUUUGAUUACCCAUUUUCCAAGCUAGUAGACCAAUGACGUACUUUAUUGUAUAUUUCAGUAUGGGUUAUGGGAUUUUUCUGCACUUACACAUUGCGGCAGUUAUAGCGGUCUAUACGGAGCCGUAUCAUGGAUUGAAAAGGAAUUUCAUUAUAAGAAAGGAUGAAUUGCAUCACCACUUGGACUUUAGUUGUUACUUACAGAUCAUCACCUGUACCAUAUCCAUCUCUACUGUUGAUAGAAGGGUGAAACGUUAGCCAUCUUCAAUAUUAUUAUUAUUGGAAUAUUAACAAAUCGAAUACCAAACCACAGUAUCCAAUUGAUUAUUAAUCUGCAAAAAAAGUUAUAAGAUUAAUUACAAAUAAGAAUGUAAUCACACUCUCGUUUCCUAUUUAAAAACAAUCAUUUAUACUAGCGCGACUCCGCAGGUUACUCCUACCCGUCUUACAGGGUGUCGUUCUAAUUACAGGGUGUAAUAGACAAUGGAAAAGUACGUGAGAUGACAAAGUGCAAAAAAACGUUGCUUUUUGCAAUGAAACCAAAAGGUUUCGAUGUUUUCCGAAGAGUUAACCGAAGAGAGAUGGCAUAAAAUAAUUCCACCUCUUGAAAUCAAACUGUUGCCACAGAUUUGGAUAUUAAGGGGGUUGACCAUCCCUUUCUUGGCGUACAAUAUUGACUUUCCAAAAAUGAACCUUUUGAAAUGUUUUAGCAAAUAUUGCAGAUAUGACCCACGGUCAGUCCUUCAUAUACAUACCACGGUGACGCACUUACUAAAAAUUCCUCCUUAUUCUUUUGGUAAUUGACUUCAAACCCUGCUCCUUUAGGGGAAUGUUUCGGAAGUAAUUCCCCCAAUGUGAUGGUCCGUUCGACUGUACCUCGCCUAACUCGAAAACGAAAAGGGACAGGGAGACGAGACAACCUUCGCCACUUGAUUUCUACAAGUUCAUCGAUCAAUACUAUUGAAUAGGAGCCGGAUUAAAAGUCGUAUUUCCGAAUGCGCGUUGUCAUUCUACUGAAAAUUGUGGGCACUUCUUCGUAUAUCAUUUUAAAUAAGUAAUCACGGAAUUACCAUGAAAUGCGGAUAUAUUGACGACAAAAACAAUCAUGAAAUCGAUCCAACUUACAACCCCGUUUUGCAAGUAGGUAAAUUUUUGUGCCCACGGUUUUUUGUGAAUUACCAUUAAUUUAAAUUCAAAGUUAAUAAUAACCAACGACCA